UUUGGAUGGUGAAGUGGCUCAACGGUUACGUUCUGCGAAUGCACGAUACCAGUUAGGGAUGAAGUAUCGCAGGAGGUUCCGGUGAAGGACCGAAGCACGGAGGCUAGGUUGGGGCUGGAUUCGUAGAGAACGAAUGACACAGUGUUUACAGGAACGGUGACGCACUGUUUGUGGAUGAGGGGCACGUUUCAGCUGUAAGAAUGAUUGGCUUAAAUGAGAAGUUCCACAUGAAUUAGAACGCGUACAUUGCACUCCUUUGUAUACUAGAAAGCCUUUAUUUUUUGACCCUGGAACUCCUUUGUUUCGCUACUCGACAUGAUUCUAAUUUAUAAAAAUAGACCUUGAACCUAGGAACCCCUAUGUCUACCCUAAUCAAGGAUUAAGCCAAUACUCUGUAGGUCGUAGGACAGUGUGAUACUAAUGCUAAAAGUUACUGAGCCUAAAAGCUUCUCAAAAUAAAAUCUCACGAUAGUAAGAAGAUUCGGAGAGGACACGAGAGAAAAUCGUUAAUUUAUCCUUCGUCGCGGGUCCAAAACAUUCUCCGUGAAAAAUAGUUGCCUUGGCUCGAUACCAAAGAAUCGCGAAUACUCGAUACGCCAAAUACCGGCUAGUUUCCAAAGACGAAUUAAUAAGCCUAAAACGAAUCCCAACGAUCCUCUGCAACCCUGAAAAUCCUCUACGGUUCUCGACUUUCCAAUCGUCUAAUUAUCGGCAUUCGACAAUGAAAGGAUGGAAACGAUCGUUUUUCCAUGAAACUACGUACACAGUUUCAUCAUCAGAAAUAAAGAAACGACCAGGAACUACGCGGGUGUUUGAUCGUCGCGUCGUCGAUGCUCCGACGUCCUUUUUCGAUCUACGUCUGCGCGUCUCGGCCGGGUCUAUAAAAGCGACGCAGGGCGUCGCGACGGCUCCAGACGCGACAUGCGCGCACUGCUGAAAAUGUGACAUCGAACGACGUAGCCGUUCCGUGUUUUAGUUACCCGUUGUUAACAGUUUCCUUGGACUUCUGCGAGAACUUUAAGGAAUUCUAAACGAUUUCCCGUCGUUUACCGUAUUCGCGUAAAUUGCUUUGGUACUCGUGUCAUUCGUGUUUCCGAUCGUAGCACGUUGUCGCUGCGAAAAUGUAAUUGUGAGACCGUAUCGGGGAACAGACGAUCAUACGUGAAAGAACAAUUGAAAGUUCACCGGGAUCGUAUUUAGUGUGUUGUACGAUCCAUGCGUUAAUUCGUCCGUAGCGACGCUUUUCCUAUCGUCCCAAAGGAUUUUACCAUCGUGAUGAAACUUCACGAGAAGAAGGAGUCCGGUAUACACAAAGUGCAGGAGGUACCUCUGGAGGAGGUGGAAUUGUCCAAAGAGUACGAGGUGGAGAAGACUCUAGGCGAGGGGAGUUUCGCCAAAGUUUUGUUAGCGACGCACCGAGCGACGCGAACUCGGAUAGUGUUAAAAGCCGUCCACCAAGAACUGACCACGGAAAAGGACUUUUUCCGCGAGUUCCACUACUCGUACCACCUGAGCCCUCACCCGAACGUUCUGUGUUCGUACGCGGUCGCGUUCAAGUCCGAAAAGUGUUUCGUUUUUGCCCAAGAGUACGCGCCGCACGGCGACCUCGCCGGGAACGUGAGAGCAGGAGGUCUCAGCGAGGAGGCUUGCAAGAGGAUCGCGGGUCAGCUGGGCUCCGCUCUCGAUUUCAUCCACUCCAAGCAACUGGCUCAUCGCGACAUCAAGCUCGAGAACGUGUUGGUGUUCGCCUCCGACAUGUCCAAAAUCAAGCUGUGCGAUUUCGGUUGCACGAGGCGGGAGGGGACACUCGUGAACAAGAUCCGUUGCACCUGGCUGUCGUUUCAACCUCCGGAGAUCUACGAGAUCGUAAAGAACGAGAGGUACGCGUGCAAGAGGAGCGCCGAUUGCUGGCAAUUCGGCAUCGUGUUGUUCGUGUGCCUGACAGGAAACCCGCCCUGGCAGAGCGCCGAUCUCAUCCAGGAUCCCGAGUACUCGGCCUUCCAACGAUGGCUGAAACGUCGCACCACCAAGAUACCGCCGACCUUCAGACGAUUCACGCCGAGGUUGCUGCGUUACUUUAGGCGAGUGUUCGAGCACAAACCCGAGAAGAGGCCGCACGUCACGGAGAUCAACAAGUAUCUGAAGGACUCGUGGUGCGUCAACAAAAUCAGUCACAGCGCUACCUCGACGUCGGUCGACGCCAGCGAGACGAUCGCGAGGCGGGGCGACAGUUUGCUCUACCUCGACACGGUGCUCGACGAUCACAGAAACGUCGACGAGAACAAGAACAAACUGAGGAAGCUUCUGAACAGUUACGGCCUCGAGACGACGAUCGAUCAGAAAGUGGUCACCAAGAGGAUCUGGGAGUGGGUGAUGCAGUGCGAUUCGAACAUCGGCGAGCCAGCUUUGGUCGGUAGCCUCGGGACGGAGGGCAUGUGAGAGAUAGUCAGAGCCACCAGCGAACCCUGCCUCAGAAGCGAUCGCCGGGAACGAAAGCAUAGCUUCGCCGGCUUCGGCGCCGUUCACGACGGAUACAAUACGUCCUUCUCCCUUUUGCAACGUGCCAAACAGUCCGUCGAAACGACCGCGACGGACUCGACUUUCUCACCCUUUCAUUAGUGGCUACUUGCCGUGUUUCGUCGCUUCCGCGUCACCGCGUUCAAUUAUUCCCCCCAAACUCGAUACGCCACCGACGCGGAACGCGAAAACGUGUGAUAAUCCCACCCUCUCUCAGUCUUCUUCGCCCUUUUCAUUUCCUUCCAUUUCCGACCCCACUCCUCCUAAUUCUCCGUCUCCCUCUCUCAACUUCCUCUACAAGCGGACCAAUUAUCUAUCGACGGACGCAUCGCAGAUAUUGUAUAUGCGUACGAACCUACGUAUACACUGGUAUAUACAUAUGUGUAUACACAGGUUGUUCAACUGUAGCUGGGCAUUCUUCCAGGAAGCGAGUUCGUUUUUCUUAGAUUCUCUAUUCCCUGUUCAGUCCCUACUCUAUUCCCUAUUCGUCCCUAAUUACCCGUCUUCGUUAUUUAAAUACGAUCAUUUCGGCCAAUAAUAUGCUACAAUGAAGAAUGCGCAUACGUAGAGGCGUGACGAUCCCACGUAUUCUAUACUGAAGAGACGUUCCGUGGUCCACAUCAUAUUUCUUCACCUUCGCCCCUAAAAUAAAUAUUUGGUUAGCAAUGAAAACGUGAUCGAAGAGUUGUAAAAACGUGCGUAUCCCCAAAAUGAAUUUUUCUAGAAAUAUUUCCACAGUACCUUCCUCCUUCAUUCUUCUUAACAUUCAUCUCGUCGUGGCCCGCAGAGUCGCCUCCUAAAAGAAUGCCCAUCUACAGUCUGACAUUUACGUAUAUGUAUAUAAAGUGUUUAAUACCUACAGGUUAUAAUAUAUGUAUAUAUUAAUGUACAGAUGCGUACGACCGUCUUUCGUACACUUCCUUUUCACGAAACAACUUCGAGGCGAGAAUUGCCCAAUAGGCUACCGCGUACAAAGCAACCAAAGUGUGAAUCCGCGCGACAAGGCGAUUCCUCUUCCUGUAACGAAUACGAAACGAAUGUGAUAAAGCAAAACAAACUCGUUAAGACUGCGGCGAACGCGAAUGUAACUGCGAUCGGUGUUUUCGGUGUCGACUAUAGAGACAAUAAUGACUGCGGAUUUCCUAGUAAUUUAUUACGUUACCAUAAUUACAUAGACUAGAGAACGUGAACCGGUAUAGAUAGAAGUGUACCUGGCGAGGCCUUGCGUGAUAAUCGAGAGUAUCGUACCAUCGAGAACGUAGGAAGAACGCGAUAGCAGAGAACGCGAAGUGAAACGUUCGAAUGUGCGCGAAAACAGGACGAAGACGCCAAUUGGCGUAACAUUCGAAACGGACUAAACGAUAUUUAAUGUUAUUAAGCGAUAUAGAGUACGCAUACGCAUAGCGCGCAUAUAUUCUUCUAGCAAUUUAUUAGUAGAUGGAGCGAACAGAAGAAGAUCGGUGGAGUACUGUUGUCGCGCGAGGAGAAUGCAACUGGCCACGCCCCCAGGGCCAACCAAUCGUAUUCAGCGAGACGUUAGUGUCGCGUUUACUUACAAUUAGACUUAGACUACGAACACUUGGCGUGCGAGCAACGUACUUUUACGUUUUUCGCAGUCUGUCACUGGAGCGCGGGUCACAUAAAAAUACGUAUUUAGUAGAUUUUUGGCCGCUGCACGCGUAAGUCAGCGGCGAAGUGUACCCGCAUGCCAAGUGUGAAAAGCGUUGUCUAUCGGAAGACGCAUUUUCUUGCAUCGCAGACGCUCAAUUGUUUAUAAAACUAAACUCUGUAGUAUGUUCAUCCUACAGGCGGAGUCUAUCGUACUCUACUCGCGUGACGACAGUACAUACUUGCUGGAGCUAUCUUACCACCGAAGUACACAUGUGCUUUCGCGGUACGUGGCUCUCAAAGCCGCUGAAAAUUAGAGAUGGGCAAAUCAUCUACCUAAAUACGAAUCUCGAAAAAUACACAACCUUUUGUCGCUGUACAGUGUUUGUAUUCGUUUACUAUUUAAAUAAGAUAUUGCCCAUCUCUACGGAAAACACGAUAGUAAGAAAAGAAACGCACCACCGAACGGAAGAAAUGUGCAGCGAAGACGGCGCGUCAGGCCUCCGUUAACGCUAAGCAAUGUUUUCUAUAUAAACAUUACCAAAAUAAACGUUGCAAUUACAUAGAA